UGUGUGUGUGAGAGCGUGUGUGUGCGGGCUUGGGUUGGAGGAUGCACCAGUUGUUCAGCCAGGUGCUGGGCCAGAGGGACCUGUCUCGCGCGGGGGACCUCUUCUCUCUGGAGGACGCUGACAUCGAGGACUGCCUGUCACAGGCCCUGGAACAGAUCAAGGCCAUUUCCUGCUCACCGGACUACCUGACCAAUGACAACGACCAGGCGGUGGUGGAGAUCUGCAUAACGCGCAUCACCACUGCGAUAAGGGGAACCGGGUCCAUUGAGCGUCAUGGCGGCGCGCUAGUGGGACUCUGGGAGUCCUGCCUGGAGCACAGGCUGGCUCCGCAGGGGGAGAGCCAUGAAGACACGCCCCACGCCAAGAUAGCCUCCGACAUCACCAGCUGCAUCCUGCAGAACUACAGCCGGCCCCCGGUGAUGGCGCUGGCGGUGCCGGUGGCGGUGCGCUUCCUGCGACGGGGGAACCGGGAGCUGAGCCGCAACAUGUCCAGCUACCUGUCGCUGGCCGCCAUCGCCAAGGCCGAGCUGCUGGCCGAGCACACGGACGCCAUCACCCUGAGCGUGCUGGCAGGUAACCACAUGCUGCUUCGGGUGUUGCCUUCGGUGUACCCCAAACAGCCGGACGCCAUUCACCGUCAGCUUGGCGAUCUGACCGCCAUGAUGUCACAGCUGGAGCCGCCAGAGCAACUCCACCUGAUCAGGCUCCUGCAAUUGGUUGCCGAGCAACAUCCACUUAUCUUGAGCCCCCAGGUUCCUGCGCUCGUCGGUUACCUUGAUGACCCCUCGUUGACGGAGGCGGUGUUCUCGGCGCUGGUGGAUGUGUCUCAGGCCAGCCCGUCGUCGCUGGUCAGCUUCCUGCCUGCGCUGAGGGCCGUGGGGGAGCAGGCGCCCGCCCUGCUGGGCAGCGUGGCCAAGAUCCACGGGGCGGUGGGCAUUAUCAGUGAGGCCCAUGCGUGCAGCUCCCUGGUGUACCUGGUGUCCCUGCUGGGCAACAUGGAGCACAGCUUCCACCACACGCUGCUCAUGCAGAUCCGGGCCCUGACGGAGCGCUACCCCUGCGUCCUGGGCGGCUGCGGCAAGGACAUCUACAGGAUGAGCAACUCCUUCAGCGCCAUCGCUCGGCUGCUGGAGCGGAAGCUGGGGGAGAGCCCCGCCAUGCAAUGCAGCCUUGGAAACGAGCGCACGGCGUCCCAGUGUGCAGCUCCUAUGGGAGCGCACGGCCCAGCAGCAGGAGGAUUCAAAGGGGGAGCAGGAGCGGUCAGAGCAGUGGGGUCGGACCAGCAUCUCCAGAUCAGGAUCCAGGCCUUCGAGGAGAAGAUGGGGGCCGAGGGGGGAGAGAAGGAGGCUGGUGGGGAGGAGGAGGAGGAGGAGGAGGAGGAGGAGGAAGGGGAGGGGGAGUCGCCGGCCCCCCAGAGGAGGUACAGCGCCGGGCAGACCGCCCGGCUGGAGCGGCGGGAGAUGAGGUUCAACAGGUCAAAGAGCCUGGCCCUCCACGCCGUCCGCUCGCGCUCCUUCAACUCGGACAACGGCGAAGACACAGAGGGAACCAUGACCGCUGACGCCACCCCUCCCCAUGCUCUGGCCAAUCAGCAGGGAGAUCCGCAGGAAGUCCCGCCCCCGGAGAGGAAGGCAACCGACGGCGGCCCCGCCACAGACAGUGGGACGAAGGAAGCAGAUGGAGAAAAGGGAGGGAAGGAUGGGGGGGAGGAGGAGAGGGAGGAAGAGGAGGAGGAGGAAGUGGAUCGACUUCACGUUCACCUGAAAAACAACAUGGAGACCAUCAAAGCGUUCUGUAAAGAAAUGGUGACCCAGAUCCCAGUUCCAGAGCAAUGUUUUAUCGAAGAUUCAGGCCGGGGCUGCUUCGCCAAGCUCUCCUUCUCAUGCCCACUGAAGGGCAACUACUGUCUGUACCCCAAGUCCAGCUUCGUCCUGACCAGCCCCCAGCCACACCUCUGGGUGCACGUCAUGAUGCUGCACCUGCAGAGCAAGUCCAGUGUGGCUCUGUGCUCCGGAGAUGAAUGUGUGCAGAGACUGGUGUCACUGUGGGAGAGGACGCAGCUAAGAGGAGCCCACAGCUUCUCUAUGGCCAUGACCCAGAACCCCACCCUGCAUAGGAAGGACUUGGCCAGACUUCAGGUCCAUCUGGAGGAGGUGCGUUUCUUUGACCUGUUUGGCUUCAGCCAGAAAGAGGAGAACUGGCUCUGCUUCAUGUGUAACAACCCCGAGAAGGCCACAGUUGUGAACCAGGAGGGCCAGCCUCUGAUGGAGGGCCGGCUGAAGGAGAAGCAGGUUCGCUGGAAGUUCAUCAAGCGCUGGAAGACCCGGUACUUCACCCUGGCAGGAAACCAGCUCCUGUUUCGCAAAUCCGGCAAAUCCAAAGAUGAGCUGGAAGACAUCCCCAUUGAACUCAGCAAGGUGCAGAGUGUCAAGGUGGUGGCCAGGAAGCGGCGGGAUCGGGGGCUGCCGCGCGCCUUCGAGAUCUUCACCGACAGCAAGACGUACGUGCUGAAGGCCCAGGACGAGAAGCACGCAGAGGAGUGGCUGCAGUGCAUCAACGUGGCCGUGGCCCAGGCCCGCGAGAGAGAGAACCGAGAGGCCACCACCUACCUGUAACGGGCGGGCAAACCGCUAGGACCCGUCUCUGAGUUGCGGCCAUCUGGGGUAACGCCACCCGCUGCCCAAAGGGGAUUUAUUUUGGUCUUCUUGGGGAAAAAAGUCCAGCGUGCGUUUGGGAAUUAUUCUUAUCGUAAAAGAGGGAUUGUUUUGAAGCUAUGAUCAAGAAGUGUUGAAUUGCCUCUCGUUUCUCUAAGAACCCUGUUGUUGUUGCCCCUGGGUUGUAUGGAAACAACACAUGACUUCACGGGGGUUUGAGUGGACAGAUGAUGAAUACUAAUUGAAUUACACAUGAACGAUACCCACUCCUGUCCGACCGGUCUCAGAGACUGUCGCUCACACACUGCUUUACAUUGAUGGAACCAUAACAAACUGUGAACACAAACGCACAUGCACAGAGACUUUACCCACAUGCAGAGUUGUUUGUGGCAAUGUGCGGGAGGGAGAUUAAUUCAAGUAUUCAUAAACAACUCACAGCAAAGUUAAAAGAGGCUAAAUUUGUUAUUUUGAAAACAGCAUACGGACGUAUGCCAAUGUUCCCACACAGGAACUCGCACGCACCCAUACUCUCUAUCACACACAUUCACACACACAAAAACACAGACCACACACACACACACACACACACACAUACACACACACACAAUACAAAGAGAAUACAAUAGGACACCAAAUACUACUUUGCACAAUAAGCAAUUGAACCAUAUCGCAAAAAGAUCAAGAACUCUUGUCAGGAGAAUAUAAAUCAGCAAUAUAAUGUUCACCAUAAUCAACCCCUUGAAAUGAUAAAUACAGAUACAGAUGCACACAACGGGCCAAUAUGUGUUUGUCACGAUGAUUCACCAGUGCAGAUCCUGGCCAGUGAAUCCGCAGCGGAGCGAUGCAGUGUGCGCUCUGUGUUUGUUUGACUUGGGCAGAGGUACGGUGUCACAUGAGACGAUGAUAGCUCCAUGGAAGCGCGGAAAGCAGCAACAUGUUGAUCCAGUUUAAGGCGAAACCGCGUGGGAUCCCCUCAGCACCUCGACGACACUAAUGCAUCUCCGGGACAUUCACAUUGGUGACCUCUGAAGCUGUCCAACAGUAGCUGUGGGAGUCCGUUGUGCUUGCUGUGUUCCGAAACGUUGGCCCGCUGGACACAAUGUUUUGCACGAAGCAAUAAGAGUUUCCUCUAAGAAAUUAGGGUCCAGUGGAGCCAGUGGGCCUCAUGCAGACUCUCAACAUGUAGCAAUAAGUCAUGCACAUUAAGCAGCAUGCACCCGCUCUGGGCGCUGUGGGGAAGAUGAAGACCCACAUAAUGGACAGCAGAUGAGGGGAAACAGCGAAUAAUGGUUAGGUGUGUGUGUGUGUGUGUGUGUGUGUGUGUGUGUGUGUGUGUGUGUGUGUGUGUGUGUGUGUGUGUGUGUGUGUGUGUGUGUGUGUGUGUGUGUGUGUGUGUGUGUGUGUGUGAGUGCCAGUGCAUGGGUGCAUGCCUGCUUGUGUGUGUGUGUUUUUUCCAUUAUGUGUGUGUGGAACAGUUUCAAUGUGUGUGUUUGGGUGUGUAUACGAUAUAGGACCUAUGGCACUACUGGAUAUUUAUUCGUUAUAGUAAUGUCAUAAUAUGCUAAUAAUUCUAAGUGGGAUUGGCUUACUUAAUGGAAGAUGCAGUACAACUCUUCUGUCUUAAUAAACAUUCCUCUAACAGAUCAGUGGUUGUGUGUGUGUGUGUUUGGGGGGGGGGGUGUGGGUGUGUGUGUGUGCAUGUGUUACCUGUGUGCCCUUGUCCAUGAAAAGCAGCUUCCAGUUGAAAACUUAAACCUUUUGUCAAUUGAGACUACAGCUAUAAUACAGUAUGGUAUUCUAUUUUAAUCCAAUUGGCAAAACCUGUCCACAGUAUUUGUUCUCUUGCCUCAAAAUAGAACUUUAGCCUACUUGUUCCAAGUGGCUCAUUUCUGUCUCCUCUUUCCGGAAGCAUUUGGCCUCAGCCCACUUAAAACCAUGAGGCUACAUGUCAUAUCAGCACUGCUAUAAACUAGAUAGGCUUGGAUCUCUGUUACUCCACAUCGCUGAUGAUGGUUGUGGCCUAUUUUUGGACUUUUCUUAAAGACAGGAUGCGUGACCCAGGCCUCUUGCUAUAACAAGCCCUUGAAUGGACUACGCUGUUGCUUUAAUAGCCGGAGUUCGGCCGCAGCAAGGUUAUUGGUGGUUUCCUCUGGGGCUCAUUUUGAGGAGGAAACUGAGCAUGCUCUGUGGGUUCGGAUGGAAGGCGUAUUAGCGUAAGGGCUUUACGUCUUCAGGAGCCAAACCCAGGAUCCGAUACGUCCUUGCACUCUCCCAGUUGGCGCGACUUUUACCAGGACUUGCAGGAAUAUAUAAAAGAUGCCUGUAUUGUUGCGUUGUAGUCCUCCUUUUGUUUGAAACCCUGGGGAUUGGCUGAAAUGAAGACUCAGCGGUCCGUCCGAAUUCACGAGACAACCACUGCGAAACCUUCCGGCGUUUCACACACAGCAGAGAACAGUGUGCGUUGAGCUGCCUCGUCUCACACAUGAUAUCAUUUAUACCCUUCAGUCCCAGUAUCAACCUCCCUUGUUUAUUUAUUUUGCUGGCCCUUGAUCUAAAAGAUGUGUGCAUCUGGCUAUGCAGCCCAAGUUGAAUGGAAGGCCAGGCGGAUAGCGUUGGCACAAAUACUAAUUCCUGAUUGAGGGCCAGCCAUUGGUUCAGCAUUUCUUAUUUUGCUUAUCUUUCUUCUAAAGAAAAAAUAAUAGGAAUAAAUAAGUUCUUCCAUGUUUGUAGUUAUGGCCACUAAUCCAAAUGUGUUUGUACAGAUAUAUUUCCGACACAUAUGUGUAUUUCCACAGGCUCUUUAAACAACGGGGCCCUGAUCCGGCUCGCUGCGUCGCCCAAUGUGGCAGAGCCGAACCAUCUGGCAGCGAUCGGGGUAAAAUAAACAAUUUGUUUAUACAAUUUGCCCUAAGAGCCAUAAGCCAGGUCACCCAUAACCUUGUUGAGGUCAUCUCCCAUCGGCUCCAAAUGUAGCAUGAAGCUGACUUCAGGCUUAUUGUAGCACUUCCUAUGUUCCAUCAGGGAUCAGAAUCAAUCACAUUCACGUGAUUGAUUCUGAUCCCUGAUGGAACAUAGGAAGUCAAUCACAUUCAUGUGAUUGAUUCUGUCAACCUUUGCUGAAACGUGCUCAAAUGGGCGGCAUGUAGCUCAGGAGGUAGGCUGGUAACAGCAAGAUUGCUAGUUUGAGCCUCCUAGAGUGUUGAGGUGUCCCUGAGCAAGGCACUCAACCCUAACAGCCCCUGACGAGCUGACUGUCGCCUUGCAUGGCUGACGCCGCCGUCGGAGUGUGAAUGUGUGCAUGAAUGGGUGAAUGUCAGGCAAUAUUAUAAAGCACUUUGGGUGGCCUCUGGUUAUAAAAAAGCGCUAUAUAAAUGCAGUCCAUUUACCAUCCAUUUACCAAAUGAAUUUUCCAAAAGCUGUGUAAACAGGGCUGAUGUUAUGCACUGGUGUAUCUAUAUUUGUAUAUCUGUCUACCUGUCUACCUAUCUAUCUAUCUAAAAUAAGAUUAGACAAGAUACGUUAUCCAUCCCAGAUGGGAAAUAGGAUCAAUCUGUCAGCCUGUCUGUCUUCCUGUCUGUCUAUUCCUUGUGUAGAAAGAAACUCUGUAUUCUCAGUAGAAUAAAGCACAAUGUGAUUAUCUAUAGAAAGCAGAGGAUGUAGUCUAAACUGCCAAUGGAAAUAUGUUACACUGAAUAUUUGAAGAAUCAACACUGACUGUUUAAUUCUGAAAGUGAUUGACAAGAGUAUUAAUGUCCUGUUGUUGGUGUCAGCACAGAGCCUUGUGUACGAAAUCAUAAAGAUAUGUCAUGUUUUUAACUUUAGAGUGCCAUUUUACUAACAGUUGAUUUCAGUUUAGAUUUUUUAAUGAGGUCAAUAUUUAUUUUUACAUGUAGAGCUAUUACUUUUACCAGAUUGGAAUACCAA